AUGGCUAAUCUGGCAGCAGGUGGCUACGUGUUCCAACCCACCGGCUGUGAGCUCGUCGGCUACUACCUCAUGCCCAGGGCGGAGCUCGGUGGCUUCUUCCUCCCCGGCGUCAUCGCGGAGGACGUGGACGUCUUGUCCUUGCGCCCACGCGUGCUCUCCUUCCCGAAAAACCACAGGAGGGAUUACGGCGAGGUAUGGGGCUUCUUCUUCGCGGCAAAGCCCGCCGGCGAGACGUGCCCAACGCCGGGCGCGGGCGGGUGCUGGGAGCAGUACGGCCAGGAGAAGGCAUACUACGACGGCGAGGGCAGUCGGGAGGCAGUGGCGUUCCGGCGCAGGUUCGCGUACCGCUACUCGUGGAGGGACGGGGAGGUAAUAUCGCAGACGCGCUGGCGGAUGAAGGAGUACUGGCUCAACAGAAACGCGGCCGCCUUCCGCCACGCGCACCCGGGCCCCGUGCCGCCGGACGUCGUCUUCGUAGUCCACAAGGUCUACAGGAAGCCGCUGAUCCCUCCGCCAUUGCCGCCCGACAGCAACUCCAGCGAGGACGAGGGCUCCGAGAGCUACAUCGUGUACCCGCAACUCGAUGAGAUCAUGCGGCGGUUAACGCUGGGGAACUAGGGCGGCCAAGGGGCGGUGCUCCUCCCCCUGCAGGAGUAGCAUUACGCCACUGCAUGUUGAUUUCUUCAGCGUUGUUGUGUGUGUCUCUUGUGUUUUCAGUUCUGGAUUGUGCCUUCGAUCAAGUUGAGGCAGAUUGCUUGUUGUAGUUCGUCGAUCGUUGUUUUAAUCAUUUCGGAGUU